UGGAUGAUAGCCACACGGCCGUCUUUCAACCGUUGCUGCAAGAUCUUGAAUCACAUUCCAGUUCGCUCGGCAUCAGCAGUUACGGUAUUUCACUGACCACCCUGGAGGAGGUGUUUCUGCGCGUUGGCAGUGAUUCCCAUACGCUAGACAAGAAGCCAGCCGGUCUCGGUCCAGGCAGCGAUUCGGAUUUGGCGCGACCAUACGCAAUCGAACCGUCGAAUGGAUCAACGAUUACGCUUGCGCUAGAGUCCGGCGAUCAGAAGCUACUGACCGGGUUUGCACUGUUGAAGAACCAACUGUUGGCAAUGGUGCUGAAGAAAGCGAUCGCGACGAAGCGUAGCUGGAUUGCGAUGCUGGUGCAGAUCUUUAUUCCCAUCUUUUUCGUCAUAAUGACGGUGGUGAUUGUGCGAUCGUUUCCUGACUCACUCUCGCUGCCACCACUGACGAUCAGUUUCGAUAGCUACGAAACCACGGUGACGGUGCUGGAAGGAACGGCAACGGAUCCGGCCAGCACCAGCUUGAUACAGGCGUACCAGCAGCUGUUCCAGGACACGGGAUCGAGUCGUACGUUGCGGACGAUCAGUGAGCCCAUGGUAAACUAUCUACUGCAGCGAUACGAUGAGAAUUUGCCUCAGGUGAACAAUCAGUUCAUGGUGGCCGCUUCCAUCACCCCGACCAAUCAUACGAUCUGGUUCAAUGCGCAAGCUUAUCAUACGGCCCCGCUGGCCGUCAACACGUUCUACAAUGCUAUGCUCCGGACGGUCUGCGCUCAGUGUUCGUUGGUACUGACUAACCACCCGCUUCCAUUCCGACCGGAAACAAGGUUUACACAGCUGCAAGCGGGCAAUAAUAUGGGAUUCCAGCUGGCGUUCAAUACCGGGUUUGCGAUGGCCUUCGUUGCGGCGCUGUACAUCAUGUUCUACAUCAAGGAGCGAGUGACGCGCUCCAAACUCCUGCAGUUCGUCAGCGGUGCGAACGUGCUGGCGUUCUGGGCGGUUUCGUUCCUGUGGGAUUUUCUUACCUUCUUCAUUACCGUAAUGUUCUACGUGGCCAUACUGGCCGCCUUCCAGGAGGAUGGCUGGUCCACGGGUGAAGAGAUAGGCCGCGUAAUAUUGGUGAUGAUGGUGUUCGGUUUUGCCUUUCUGCCCGUGACCUAUCUCUUCUCGUUUAUCUUCGACAUACCGGCCAGCGGGUUCGUGAAGAUGAUGAUCCUGAACAUCUUCACCGGGACGAUCUUCUUUAUGACCGUGUUUUUGCUGCUCUUCGAUGGGUUCGAUUUGCGGAACGUGGCCGAGGGUAUGGAGUGGGCUUUUCUCAUCUUUCCCCUGUUUGCCCUGAGCCAUUCGCUCAGCAAUAUGAACAUUGCGGUCGCCACGGCGCAAGUCUGCAAUACGCAGUGCCAGCUGAUCCCGAACUGUACGUUCGAAAUGCUCUGCCGGGAGUUUCCGCAAUGCUGCAACACGGAAGUGUUCACAUUCGAGCGAACCGGCAUCAGCCGCAACCUGAUGUACCUGUUCGUGGUGGGUCUGCUGUCCUUCCUGGCGCUCCUGUUCAUCGAGUACCGUGUGCUGGAUCGUGUGUUCCGGCGCAAAUCGAAACUGGCGGCCCCACCGGCCGAUUCCGAUGACAUCGAUUCGGAUGUGCGAGCGGAGAAGGCUCGUGUCCGAGCGCUGACCGAGGGCGAGAUUGCGGCCAACAAUCUGGUGUUGCGAGAUGUCACCAAGUACUACGGGAAGUUCCUGGCCGUCAAUCAACUAUCGCUGGCGAUCGAGCAUUCCCAGUGCUUUGGAUUGCUCGGUGUGAACGGUGCCGGUAAGACUUCGACCUUUAAGAUGAUGACGGGUGACGAAAGCAUUUCGUUCGGUGAAGCCUGGGUCAAUGGGAUAAGUUUGAAGAGCAACAUGAACGAGGUACACCGGCGUAUCGGUUACUGUCCCCAGUUCGAUGCACUGAUCGAUGAUCUGACGGGCCGAGAAACACUGCGGAUCUUUGCACUGUUGCGAGGGAUUCCGCGGGUCGACAUUCCCGCCCUGUCGUUACGGUUAGCGGAAGAACUGAACUUCGGGAAGCACAUCGAUAAGCAGACGAAGGCGUACAGUGGCGGUAAUAAGCGGAAGCUAAGUACAGCCCUCGCCCUGAUGGGAAAUCCGGCGGUGGUGUACCUAGACGAACCGACGACGGGCAUGGAUCCGGGUGCAAGGCGGCAACUGUGGGACGUGGUGUGUAAGGAACGGGCGGCCGGUAAAGCCAUCGUCCUGACGUCGCACAGCAUGGAAGAGUGUGAGGCGCUUUGCACGCGUCUUGCCAUCAUGGUGAACGGAGAGUUCAAGUGUCUCGGCUCCACGCAACACCUGAAGAACAAAUUCUCCAACGGGUACUUCCUGAUGAUCAAGCUGAAGCGCACCGAGGGUUCCUCGAUGGAUCGUAUCGAGGGCGUUAAGCGCUACAUCGAAGAACGGUUCCCAGAGGCCGAGCUAAAGGAGGCAUAUCUCGAAUCCGUCACCUACCAGAUCCCAUCGGCCAACACACGCUGGUCGACGAUGUUUGGGCUGAUGGAGGAAGCGAAGAAGGUGCUCGACAUCGAGGAUUAUGCGCUCGGCCAAACCUCACUGGAGCAGGUGUUCCUGUUCUUUACCAAAUUCCAGCGCGAAACCGACUAAACCACCCACGACACGAGGAUGGAGGGAACAUCCUUCCCGCUAAUUCCCUAAUAUGAGCCAUUUAUUUAUUGUACGCACCCUACGGCUUGUGGUAUAUUGUGAUAGUGGGUAAGAGUUUCCAACAAAGAGUUUUAAAACAA